AGCACCCAGGGCCGACCCUUCGGAGUCUUCCGCAGCAGCCCGAGCUGAGCUGCAACCGCAUCCCGGGGCAGAAUGGCUCAGCCUGAGCCCCAGGCUGCGUGUCCUUCUGUAUGCGACCACAAGCUCCGGACAAAACCUGAAAACAAGAGAUUGGGGAAUGAAUAACAUAAAUGACAGAAACUGUAAUUGUUCAGCCAGGACACUCUAUGCUAGCAGCUGUAAACAACUGGGAUCCCUAUGCCACCACAAUGAGGACAGCCUUCACACCGAAAUCAGGAGCAGCACCUGCAUUAAUUCGUCAAAAAAGCAUCCGAAGAUUAGGAUACACCUACUCACUAAGCGACCCCAUGCCCAAUCAGACCCUGUACAAUGAUGAAUAUGUUUGGAAAUCAUAUUCUAAGGAUGACUUGCUCAAAAAUGGGACUUCAAGAAAAACCAGGCAUCACAAAUCCCAUCCCAAACAAGACUUGUUUCUAUGGACACUACCUAAAGGCCAACAACGGACAGCACCAAAGAGCUGCCUGCCUUGGAAUAUCCCUGCUUCGGUGGAGGAAGUUAGGCAGGCGCUGUCCAAUCAGUUUGUUUCCUGUACCAGGAGAGACUUUGUGGAUGUAUCAAAAGCUCUGAAGGUUAAGAAAAGCUCACCAGCGUCUCUGGAAAGCAAAAAGUUGAUCCGCCGACCACUUGACACUGAGUUUCGACGGAAUUAUCAAACUCCAGCUAAAAUCCCAGAGUUGCAGGAUUUCAGCUUCAGAUACGGGUGCUACUCAAGUUUGCCCAUCGCUUCUCAGGGUCUAGUCCCCUCUGUGCUGCACAGCUUCAUGAGGAAUCAAGAACGCACCAAGAAGCAGACCAUAUACCAGAGUGACUACGGAAAGGAUUACCUGGACAUCUUAAUGAUCUUAAACUCCUUUAAUCCCUCCCAAAUCAAAGAGUACCUUCAGGGCAUUUCCUUCAAAGACAGACAAAUUCUUGAUCGCUUUAUUCGUUCUCACUGUGGCAUUGACAAAGGAAAGAAAUGAAAGAGGAAAAUAGUUCAGAUGAAGACAAUCUCAAAAAUCGCUGGAACCACUGGAACCUGCCUGGUCAUUCUCUUACUGAUCAAGGAAAAAUAAGAUGGAAAUUGUCUCAAAUGUGCUGUGAUA